AUGUGUCACGGUCGCCGACCAGGGCACUGGGGACGAAGCACUAAAACGAGGUCCCAAAGGCCAGCCUCCGUGCUUCCUUUCCUUGUUGAAAGAAAGACAUGGGAUGAUUUGUGGACCAGUAUAAGAUCUCCACGAUUCGAGAACCAGGUCCAAAGAAUGAAGUAUUCUGGCAUCCAAAACCUGUUAUAUCUGGUAGAGGGCUCRCCUAAAGAACUCAAUGGAAGACCUGGUCCUGAAAUAGAAGGAUUCUUGCAGGGUAAAUUGGAUCGUUUGUUGCUCGAAGAAAGUUUUUUUGUGAACCGUACUCCAUCAUGGCUGAAAACUGUGGAGUGGCUAUGCCACCUUACUCAUCUUGCAACACAGUACCAACGAGCAGGCAGAGAAAGAAAYUUGAUGACAUUUUCUGACUUUACAAGAAAUGCUAAUCGUCAGAAUGUGAAUAAUAAUAGAAUAGCUAAACCAACAYRUGGCAUUGUUUGGUCUGCUGACGAAUUUGCUGAAAAUAUAAGAAAUCACCACACCAAAGGUAGAGAUAUUUGCCACUCAUUGGACCAUGUUCCUCAGUUGUCACGCUCUGUCUUGAUUAUCCAGGGUUUGACAGCUUAUAACACAAAUUGUCACACAUUAUACAAGAAGACACUUGCAGACUACCUCAAAGUGCCUGGACAAACUGCUGAAGAAUGCGUACAGAUACAUCUUGAAGACUAUACAGACCAGCUUGUUUCCGUCAAUGUUUUCCAGUAUUUCAAUCUGUACUUGGAGGUAUUCAAAGGUAUAAGGAUUUACCGUACAGAAACCAAGGAAGAAACUCAAGAAUUUCUCUCAAGAUUCAACGUGCAAAAUAAUGUUGUUGCUAUGAUGGCUCACGUUGAUGAUAAUAACGAUAACAAUGAUGGCAAUGGUGUUAAUGAUAAUCCUCAAGAUGAAAAGAUUGCUGAAAGAAUGGAUGAUGAUCUCACAUUUGCUAAUGAUUCACAAGAGGAACAGUUCAUGCUAGAGCAGGCUUUACAACAGAGUCUUGCUGAAGAUAACAUUCCUAACACACAAUCCACAACUAGUGGAGAAACAAGUACUGUGACCUACCAUGAACAGAAACCAAGAAGUUCARCACUUGCAGCUCUACCAACAAAUAAACACAUGCCAAAAAACAACAGUGACCCUCAUGUGCAAAACACAACCGGUGGAGCAAAAAAUACUUACCCCGAACAGCAAACCUCUUCACUUGUAGGUUUACCUAAAGAAUGUACAAACAAUCUACCAAACAACAGUGCUGCUUCUAAUCAUCUAAAUUCAUUACCAAAGGAUGCCAAGGUCAAAAGGCAAAUGACUGAAGAAGAAUAUGAACUCCAAAGUAUUUUGCAAUUCAAGCUUUAUGAUGAAAUACAAAGUAGCCUUCAAGAGAACCAAGAUGGACCACCAGACAAUGAUUAUAGUGACUCCCAGGAUGAUGAAUUGAAGRAAGCWCUGGAGCAAAGCCGACUUCAGUAUGAAGACAGUCAAAAAGAUGCAGAAAAAAUGAAUGUUGAUCAAGUUAGUGAAGAAAGAAGGSAUGAUAAGCUUUCUGAAGAUGAGCAGCUACAGAGRGCUUUACAAGAAAGUCAGCAGGAGUAUAUUAGRCAACAAAARAAUCAUCAGGCUAAAAAAGAAACCAGAAAAAUGAGCAGAGAUGAUAAAUUGAAGACAGCUUUGAAAGAUGAUGAACAACUGCAGAAAGCUUUAGAAGAAAGCAGASAACAGAGUGUUGCAAGAGGCAAUCCUCAAGAAAACAGAGUAGCUAGAAUUGCAGACAACAGCGAUGAAUUAAAGACAGGUUCCGAGGAUGGUGAACUWCAGAAAGCUUUACAAGAAAGCAGGAGGCAUUAUGARGCUCAACAAAGAAGAGUACAAGCAAGURRAGCUGAUGUACAUGAGGAAAACAGGUCAGAAUUAGCCAAAGGAGAGYYACCAGYARAUGAAGAAUUKAAGAAAGCUCUGGAGGAAAGUAGGAAACAACAUGAAAGACAGCAAAGAAUUGCAAAAUUUGAAAGCAAAGCAAAGCAAUCCAAGGAAGGCAACCAUGCCACCAGGCAUCCAUCAAGUGUAAAUUCAGUUGGUUUAGAUACAUCUUUUUCCAAGAAAGAAUUGACUUCUAAACCUAAAGGCAAAACAACUACAUCURCAYUGCCUGGUAGGGUUGMUACCAGAGCUUCUGCUGACAMUCACRAAGAUCAAUACAGGGAGAACUUYGAUGAUGAGAUGGAAAAAGCAYUACAGGAAAGUAGACAAGAAUAUGAGGUACGGAAAACCAAAGAAAAGGUAGAAUAUGAGAACUAUGAUGAAGAAGAAGCUCUGCGGMAAGCYCUUGAGCUAAGUAGAAAGGAAAUGGAAAAUGAAAAGAUGAGAAAGGAAGAGAAAAGUGGGAAUUCUUGUACUGAUCCAGUAAAGGACUCAUUGGAUAUGAAUGAUAAUGAAACGGCUGAAGAAAAUGAUUCAAAAAUUGAAAGAAUGGAAAUUGAAACUGAGCAAAUUGGGUUAACAGAAAAUAAUGUCAGGAAAGAGAAUAAUUUAGUGGAUAGCAAUUCUAAUGACUCUCAAAGAAGRGAAGAGCAAGAAGAUUUUAUUGAGGARACUCAAGAARACAAUACAACCCAAGAAAAUCCUGAAAUAUUUUUUGAUUUUGAAGUCCCAGACUUUGUUCAUGAUAAUGUGAAUGCWGGUGAUAWUUUACCAGACAAAACUGACAUGACUUCAACUCCUAAGACUUCCAAUUUCAUAAAGUCUUCAUUGGAUUCAUCAUCAAGCUGUGAAAGGGAYUUUAUCACAGAAAGUAGUUCUAAUCAAAAACCUUCWGUUCCGGGAAAUUGCAUUGAACCAUCAAGUAGAUCUACUGGUAAUACGAUUGCGACCAACAAAAGGGUGCAUAGCAACUCAGAAAGAAAUGGCAACCAAGAUGAUCACAAGAGUUGUUCAGAUGUAAAUGGCAGUUGUCAUGGUGAUGAUGCUAUUUUGAGUGACAGUUGCCAUGGUGAUGAUGCYAUUUUGAUUGACAGUCAGGACUACGGUGAGGAUGAUGAUGAUGACAAUGAUGAUAAUAAUAUCAUAGUUCAUGAUGAAGAUAAUGAUGCCACUAAUUUUGAAAAAUUCAAAUCAAGACUUAAUAGCAUCAAGCAAAGAUAUCCCACAUCAGAUCCUCUUGAUAGCAAUGAUAAUGACGUAAUUGACAGUUGCCAUGGUGAUGAUGCCAUAUUGAUUGACAGUCAAGAUUUCAAUGAUGAUGAUAUUGAUGAUUCAAAUGAUGACAUAAGGAUAUCUUCUUCAUGUGAUUCAAAAAGUCAAACCAAUUCAGAGGACAGUGGUUAUCAGAAGGGACACAGGAAACCCAAAACUGUCAAAAGUCCUGACACUGGUUUGUCAUUCAGACAAAAAGCUGAGGCCAUUGCUAGAGGAAAGGUUUCCAUGAUGUCACUUGCAAGAAGUAAAGAAAGCAGUCCAAGGCAAAGACCAGACAAAAGAGGCUUUGAUGGUAAAGCCAAAAUUAACAAGAACACAACCAGUCCAACAAGAAGUCCAAGAAAUGCUUUCAGUUCAACUUCAAAAUCAACAAUAAGUUCACUAACAUCUCACACAACAUCACCUUUAUCAUCCAGCUACAGGGAUGAUUUCUCAGCCAGCAAAAAAGCAAGAAGAACAAGUGAUGAAACCUUAGUGUUUCCUUCAUCCAAUUCAUCAAAAACAGUUUCUAGCUCUUCAAGAAAUUCAAGAAAUGACCUUAGAAAAAGUCCAGAGACUUUCUAUAAUUCUUCAACUAAUAAUAUUUCAAGAAACAGCUCAGAAACGUCAAAUUUACCAUCAAGUUUUUCAAAAAAUUGUUCUAAAUCCUCAGAAACCAGUAAUGAAAACCUAGUGAGCAGGAAAACUGGAAAAACCUGUAAUGCAAGCUUGGUUUUUCCUUCAUCAAGUCCAAGUCCCAAACCUACCCAAUCAACCCGCAUGUCCAGUUACGAUGACAUCAUAAUGAUUGACAGCCAAGAUGAUUACCAGGAAGUAGAUAGUGCCACAGACUAUGAAAUAGCUCGGCAAUUACAAGAGGAGUUGAACAAUGAAGCUAAAGAUUAUCAAAAUAAAGGCAACCAUGCUUCGUCAACAAAAACAUUAGACUCCAGUAAUAAGACUGAUUCAAAUAGAGGUUCAUUGGUCUUCCCGAGAUCCUCACAAACUACAUCUACCAGUAAUAAGAGAGAUGCCAGUGCAGGCUUUACAUUUCCAGCAAGUUCAUCAUGCCCAAGCAGUUCAAGGUAUGCACAGUGUUUGUUUAUAAAUGGGAUUCCUGUGCUAAAUCAGUAUCCCCACAGGAAGCCCAAAUAG